GUAGUGUGUUGAAAAACACGGUGAUAUUGCGUUUUACAUUUAACCUGUGUUUAUUUUAGCCGUUGAAGGUAUACGGUAAACGCUAGUAAUAAUUAAAGUCAAUAUAAACUUUAAAAGCAACCGUAUUGACUGCUUUUUACAAAUGAAGUUGGAUAUUUGGUGUGUUUAUUGAAUUUUUAAAACUCCGUGGUGCUUUCACAGCUAUAUAGACGAUAACAAAAUGAAUUAACUUGGCUGGAUUCUGCGGGAUACCUCCCACAACGAAUUAAAUUGCCAGUAGGAACUUAUACAGAUAUGUUUUCAACAGUAAGGCGACAAAGACGUCCGCUCGGCUUUUAUCAGCCGGAAAGCAGGCUCGAAUUGCAAAUGGAAAAGGCAACAUUCAGAAUGCACUCUGAGAUACUUAGAAACCUUUGUGAUAAACAAAUGAGGCAUCGACAGACGCAACAAAUGAUAGAACACGGAACUUUACCACUACCCUCGAAAGUCUCCCAAAUGAAUAUCUCAACUCACUCACGAUAUACAAAAAGUCAGAAUAAUAAUGCACAAUUGCCACCGGAAAUCCGAUGGCUUUUAACAAGAAGUGCGCGCAUGCAGCGAGCAAACAACGCGGGCUUUUCAAAAUUUAGAAAUCCCGUUAAAGUGAGAAUUGUUUCAGCUGGUGGGCAAAGAGGUCAAAAUACAAUGUCUCUGGAACGCCAGCGCUCCAUGUGUUCUCGUUUCGAAGGUUUCGAUGUUUCCGGUGACAAAAGACUUCAAUGUGAUGUUUUAGGUCCGGAUAGCUGCACCGAUUGCACAAAAGUGCUAGAUAAACAAAUUGUAAUGAGAAAGCAAAGAAAAGAUUUCCCACGUCUUGAAUGUCAUACCAGAUCUCUUGUUGCCCCAGAUAAAGUAGAAAAACUAUAUUUGAAUCAUCCAAAGGAACUUUUCCACCCAGAUAAAACUUACGCGUGUGGCUGUACAGUUGAUCCAAAAUUUGAAAUCACUACGCCAAUAGUGUAUACACCCCAUGAAGUGUUUGAAAGAAUCCGAAGGCGGAAGAAUAUUGAACGCGGACAGGAACUGAUACGUCAGGAAAAUGAACAAUUACGUCAUCAUAACAACACUCCUACAAGAAUCCCUCUUUACGAGGAAAAAACAGAACCACCACUCGAUAUGAAAGUUUCCGUCACUUUUAGGACCGAUGGAUUAGAUUGAAACAAAAUUUAACGUUCUAUACAUCGAAUUUCGACAAAUUCACUCAAAAGAUUUACACUCAUUGUUAAGAAACUUUGUGACCUGAAAUAUUAAUAUUUGGAUUUAUUCGGGUAGUCAGCUGAGUUGUACAGAGGAGGAAAGAGACUCUUAAAUAAGUAUAAAUAAUAACAUGUUUUAGUUCAAUGAUUUAAACAUGUAAAGUCUAAUGGAAAAUCUGUAGGAAAGUCUGAAGGAAAGGAGGAUCAUUGAGAGCACCGGCAACAAAAUGACUACCUGAAAAUAGAAGAAUAUUUUUGAUGGAGACUGUAAUGAGAAUACAUUAAUAGAUGUAGUGCAGCAUAUGUCACGUCCAUACCCUUUACCUUAUACAAACGCACCAUUGUAUCAGUUUAAACGGUAUUCAAACUGCACGAAAGGCAUUUGGAUCAAUUGUCCUUUAUUCUGAAGGACUAAAAUAAAACAACACACACAGAUGUAUGACGGGCUACUUUUCGGGUCGUAUUUUAUACUUCAUCGCAUUUGAAUCAUGAUUUUAUCAAAUUUAAAACGUCUGACAUUCUAACAAUAGUUGGCCUUGAAAUCUAUAUGUUGUUUAUAUAUUCCCACGUUUCACUGUUCAAUUUAUUCCUUUUUUUGUAUUAGCCAUAGUCAUUUUUCACUGUCGGAAUAUUUACAAUGUUAUGAUAAUAUUUUAAUAUUGGUUCAUGCAUUCUUUUAUUACUUGAAACAUUAUACCGUGAGUUUAAUUAUCUAUCGUAACAAUUUGUGUUUGUAAGGAAGUAUUCAAAUUAAAAUCUUUCACGUUUGAAUUUGAAAUAAAUUUAAUUAAAUUUGUUCAACGUUGAAA